AUGAUUUUUAGAGAUAUCAAGCCCGACAAUGUACUUUUGGAUAUUAAUGGACAUAUAAAGCUCGGUGAUUUUGGAAGUUGUUUACGAAGACAAAGUGAUGGUACUGUUUGCGCCACUACAGCAGUUGGCACUCCUGAUUACAUUUCUCCAGAGACUCUUAGGGCAGUUGAGGAUGGAAGAGGUCGCUAUGGAGCUGAAUGUGACUGGUGGUCUUUGGGGAUUUGUAUGUUUGAGAUGAUUUAUGGCGAAACACCCUUUUAUGCUGAAAGUUUGGUUGAUACAUAUGGAAAAAUAAUGAACCACGAAGAAAUGUUUGAAUUCCCAGAAGAUGUUGAAAUUAGUGACGACGCCAAGGAUUUAAUUUCUCGUCUGAUUUGUUCUCGGGAUAAACGUCUGGGAGCUAAUGGGCUUGAAGAUUUUCGUUCACAUCCUUUCUUUUUUGAUAUUGACUGGGAAAAUAUUCGCUCAAUGAACGCUCCUUACAAACCAGAAGUUUCUAGUCCAACAGACACAUCAAAUUUUGAUCCUAGUGUAAUUUCCAGUGAUUUUACUCCAUGUGAAACUCAACCACCUAAAGUAACGGCUCCUUUUAGUGGACUUCAUUUGCCCUUUAUAGGUUUUACUUAUACGAGUGAAAGUGUAUUCUCUGAUCGUCUACAUUUGCUCGAUUCAAUUCAAUCAUUGUUGCACUCAUUUUCUGGCGUCACAAGUACACAAUUUUUAUCUUCAAUACAAACGAAUAAGCAAACUGAAGAUGAGAAACAAGACGAUGAUGAUAGAGAGCCGCCUCCGAGAGAACCGCAACCUCCCGAAUUCUCUUUGCCUACUCAACAAGAUCAUAUUGUUGCACAACUAAAAGAUGAGAAUCAGAUUCUAAGAAGAAUGUUAGAAGAUGAAAAGAAUCAAAGGCCGGUAAAACAUGUAGGGAUUGAAGAACUUGAGAAAAAGUGUCGAGAUUCCAAAGAGAAGAAUCGCCAGCUUAUUUUGGACAAACAAGAUUUACAAAAAGAGUUGGAAGAAAUUAGUGAAAGGUUUAACACACAAUCAAGAGAAUGGAAGAAUGCGAUAAAACAGCGCGAUGUUGCUUUGCAUGAUUUUGAAGAAACCAAUUCAGAACUUGUUGAAACUAAGGCAAUUUUAGCAUCUUGUGAGCAAAAUCUCAAAGAAAAAGAUGCAUUAUCUAGGCAAUUGCAAGAAAAGUGUGACAUUUACAAAAGUGAACUCCGUUCAGCGCUAGCUUCUCGUGCAGAAGCGGAUGCAAAACUAGCACUUUUAACAAAAGAAUUGGCAAAUGAACGUUCAGCAAAAAACGUUAAUGAAUCAAAUUCGACUGAAGAAAAUAAGGAAGUUAGUCAAAGCGAAGAAGAUGAUUGUGUUCAAUCAGAUAUACGUUGUGGGGAUGAAUUGCUGGAAACCUACAAAGAAAAACAAUUACUUGAAUUGGAAGAAAAUCAAACAAACGACGCAAUUGGACAUUUCAAAGAACAAAUUGAAGAUUUACAACGAUCACUGAAUGAACAAAAACUGGCAGAACAAAAAUUGCGUGCUGAACAUGAAGAAGACAAAUUAUCCUGGAAUAGACAACAUCAAGAACAUUUAUUUAGUGUAGAGAAAUUGUUCUCGACACGUGUAAAAGCUUUGGAAGCUGAAUUGAAAGACUUAAGGAUUGAGAAUGAACAAAUGCGUGGAGUCAAUAACAGGCUUGAACAAGAACUGCUUUGUCAGCAACGGAUGGGUGUUCAAAUUCAGGAAAUUAUCCAGUUUGUUGCUGAUGGAAAGGAACGACAAGAAUUGUUACAAGAUGUAACUUCACGCCUAGCUGGAGAAUUGGAAAGUUUCAAAAGAGGACUUUCAAUUCAAGCACCUCCAAAUAAUGUAGUGAGAGAGCAACAACAAUCAAAUGGGAGCUAUGCAAAUACACCAACCUCCAUUAUAGAAAGGACAUGGGGCUCACGUCGAAUGAAUAAACAAGCUAAAUAUGGACGUUUUGAAGCGCAACAACAUUUGGAGGCAGAAAUUCGCGCAAAACAAAGAGCACAAGAAGAAUUAAGGCAAGCAAGAACUCGGUGUGAUGAAUUGGAAAGGCAAUUAGAUGUAAUGAGAAGAAAACUAGAAAAGCAAAGGGACGAAUAUGAACGAGUUAUGGAUGAGAAUACUACAUUGAAGCAGCAGCACUGGGCCAUGCGUCAUUGGCCUCAAAGGGUAGAAGCAUUAUCACAAGGUCCUACAAUUGGUGAAAUGGUUGAACAAGGAGCAUUUCAACAACAUCAUUUUAAUGCUGGAGUCUUUAACAACAGUUUAUCAGGUGUUUCAUCAGCUGUUUCUAUUCCAUCAACAAUCCCAUCAAACACACGUUCUUGUCUGGUUGAUGAAUCUGAUGGUCAAUUAGUUCAAUCUAAAAUUCCAACGAUUGGUGGUGGCCAUCACCAGCAAUAUCCUUUCCACCCACAAUUUUAUGAAAAUGCUCGUUUUUACACUUCAUAUCGACAAGACGAUUCUCUUUCAUCCUUUGGUUCACCAACAUCAUCAAUUCUUCGUACGGCGGCUAGUCCUAAAGUCAUUCAGUCAUUAAACAACGCAUUUAACGACAAAGGGCAUCAUUUUGUUCAUGCCAGUCUUCGAACCCCAACAAAAUGUAUUUCUUGUACAUCUGUAUUGAUUGGAGCCGAUCGACAAGGGAUGUUCUGUCAGGAUUGUCAUAUUGCCUGUCACAUCAGUUGCCUUGCCAAGGUGCCUAAUGACUGCCCAAUCCCGUUGGAGAUGCGGCGAAGUGAUGGAAUCGAUAUGGUGCGCGGUACGGGCACAGCUUAUCAAGGAGCAGUAAAGACGCCAAAAUGUGGAGGAGUAAAACGAGGCUGGCAAAAAACGAUAUUAGAUAUGAAAGAUCCAGACUUCAAAGUAUCCUCUGCCACCGAAAAUGAUGCGAUACAUGCUUCAAAAUCAGACCUUCCGAAAAUCUUCAAAAUUAUUUUCUCUCAAAUUCAUGAUUUUCACUCUUGCACGGCUGUUUUUGAGCCUGAAAGUUUAAACAGCAAAUCAGCCACAAUACGAUCCCAUGGCUCCACGGGUUCAGGUUGUUCAACUGCAGCAUCUGCUAGUUUUGAGCAAAGUCAACAUCAAAAGGAAUGUGCACUAAUUGCACAGCAAUAUUCAUUAUUAAUGGCUGAAAGCAAGGAGGAAGCAGAAAAAUGGGUCGUAGCGUUGAAUGAGCUGCGCGAUCUAUUUUGCCGUUCUGGUUUUCUUCGUAAAGAUGCAUUUGUUGUGCGCGAACUCUACGAUCUAUCCGCGUUUCCUCCUCAACUACGAAAUGUUAAAUGUGCUGCAGUCAUUGAUCAAGGACGUUUUGUGGUUGGAUUGGCUGACCAGGGACUUUUAAGUGUUGAACUAGAUCGCGAAGUAUUUUUUAAAUUUUUGUUCAGAUGCAUAUUAAUUGUUAAGGUUCUAAUACCGGUAGGAGGUGAAUCUGAGAACAAGAAAAGGAAUGUGGAACAAGUGGAAUAUGAUGCAGAAGAACACUUGUUGAUUGUACUGGUUGGUGCAGGAAAGGAACGACACGUUCGCCUUGUAUGUUUCUUCAUCUUUAUAUUAUUUAUUCUAUUUUUUCAACAGAUCCCUACAGCCGCGCUAGAUGGUCGUGAUCUUAAAUGGAUAAAAGUUCAAGAAACACGGGGUUGUCAUCUUCUUUGUUGGGGAACAGGCCAUCCAUCACGUUUGUCAUCACAUGGUACAAACACUACAGGAACACUUCAACAUUAUUUUGCUACUGCUUUAAAUAAAAGUGUACUUGUUUUUCAAAUUAAUCGUUCGGAGAAGAGACAUUCAGCAAUGAGAGAAAGAGCUAUACCUGGACAACCACAAUGUUUGAGUAUCUCACAAGGACGAUUAUUUGUGGGAUAUCCUGGCAGCUUUCGAGUUUGGGAUCUUUUGGACAAUAGUCAAAUAUCGCUAGUCAAUUUGGAAGAUGGUUCUUUACAGUUUUUGAAUCAAACGUUGUAUGAUGCUGAAAUGAUAAUUUCUGUUUGGCCUCAACGUGAUUCUGAUAAUAAUGAUAAAUCUACUGAUAUUACUAAACAUGGCGAAGUGCAACUUUCAGGUCAAGGGCGCCCUAAGGAGUAUUUGCUCGUCUUUCAGAAGCUUGGCCUUUAUGUAGAUACAAAUGGUCGCCGAUCUCGCUCUCAGGAAUUAAUGUUUCCAUGUCGUGGUACUGGACAAUCUAGCUUUGCUUAUCGAUCUUCUCAUUUGCUCCAUUUUUCUGAACAUCAAAUUUGUGUUUUUAAAGUACAAACUGCUGAAUGGGUUCAAACUAUAAAUUUGCGUUUAUCUCGUCCUCUUCACUCAAAUGGUUUAUUUGUUUUAUGCCAAAUAUUAGAUUUACCACAUUUGGUCAUGUUGGGUGCAAAUCAGCCUGGGUCAACCGAAAAAUUAUUUUUGUCAUUUUCUGAGAAUAGGAAAGCCACAGUGUCUACACGAAAGCGAAAAUUUGUUGUUCGAUCAGCAAAGGACGAUGCAAGAAGUCGUGGUGAUCGCCGAAGUCAAUUACCUAUUAGUGGUCCUUCUGAUUUUGUGCAUGUUGUCCAUAUGGGUCCUGGACAUGUGUCGGAUUUGAAAGAUGUGAUCGACCUUAAUGCCUCUAAUUCGCCUGAAGGUUCGCCAGGAGGGAGCAAUGGCAAUACAGCUGAGAAGAAUCUUCGCCAACAAUAUGGGCAACAACAUCCAUUAAUGCGUUCUACGUCGACGUCAUCUGGAAGUACUCAAGGGCAAUCCACAUCUACUUUAUCUUGGAUGCCAAAUAUUGCUGGAGUGAUUCCUUCAAAUAGACCUUUGAGUGCACACACUUCUUCGCUUGGUAAGGCAACUGGGAAAUUUAGUCAGCAACAAUUACUUAAAUAUCAACAACAACAACAAUCUCAAGAGCUCGAAAAUGAUGAUUAUUAUUUGGAACCAAUCUCAAAAAAAGGACAACAACAGCCAUCAAUUGUCAUUGCCUCACCUUCUGCUCCUCCUCCAGCUCCACCUUCAUUUCCACAGCCAAAAAUACCCGAUGAAAAAUGA